AGAUGGGACAGACCUCGAGAGCACCCCACUGUUCUUUCCCUAAACGAGCCUGAUUUCGCGCGCAAUUCUACAUCCAAAACAGCAUACGACACCAUGGUGGGAGUUCCCGGCCGCUCCAAGAGCUGCAUCACAUGCCGGAAACGGAGAAAGGGGUGUGACCUCGAAAAACCAGCGUGUGGACAGUGCAGAAAGGGUGGCCUAACAUGCGGGGGCUACUCCACCGAACGCAUCUUCGUUGUGAGCACGCCGCGCAACCGGCACGCAGGCUAUAGUGCGCCAUCUACCGCCGCUCCGGCCAGCCUUCCGUGGCAGCGAAUCCAGCACCACCAGGUCUCCAGCAACAUCACCAACCUCCGUUUGUUGGCACGGCCGGAGGAUGAGAGGAGGUGCAUCGAUCACUUCUGGGAAACCUACUUCCCGGCAGGGCAACCUAUCCCGAGGAGCGCUGCUAGGAGUUAUACAUGCACCUGGACGGAGACAGCGCGGAGUUUUAAUCGGGACGAUGGCUGCCUGAGAUAUGCCCUGUGGGCCAACUGCCUCGUCGUAACCGGAAGACACAAUGGGGUUGCGUGGAUGCUGAGGGAGGGUUCAAGGCUAUAUGGGGAAGCACUCGCUGACCUGAGGAAGUCGUUGGCUGGGACACGGGGCCCGGGAAAGGGCGCACUGAUAGCAACGAUCAAGUUACUCGGCAUGUUCGAGACUUUCUCUACAGCAGGAAAUGACCUAGCGGCCGAUCAACCACAAAACUGGCAACGUCAUCAUGCCGGGGAACUUGCCUUGUUUAUCACGAGAACGGCGGAAGCGCAUAUUGAUGGUGAGGCACAUCACGUAUUUGCUGACGAGAGGGUUGAAAUGGCGCUAUCUGCAAUCCUUCAACGAAAGCGCUUGGUGCUCGGCGCCCCGGAAUGGAAGAGCGUACCCUGGCAGAGAAUACCCAAGGAUUUCAAGGAUAUUCUUGUAGAUGUCUUGGUCGAUAUGCCCGGACUAGUUGAGGACCUUGACAGCAUGGGACUCUGCGCUGAUGCGAGCAGGCGAGCGGCCUUACAAGUCGAAGUCGAACAGAAAUGCUGGGAGCAUGACCGACAGCUUCUAGUUUGGCUCCGCAUGCUAUCCCAAAUGGCCGUCCCCAGCAAACAGCCCUGUCGAGAGCCUCGGGCAGAGGACCUCGUCGUGCACAUCGCCCAAGUCCACGGCAUGAGUCUAUUUUGGACCACUUCCCUCGUCCUGUACAGCAUCCUCCGGUUAGUCUCUGGAGCGGGGGAAGGUCUCCCCGCGCGUACCGACCCGAUGCACUAUGCUCGCAAUCUCGCGACUUCCCUCGGCAUCCUCCUGCAACCCAACGCAGGGCUAUAUGGACAACAAAGCGCCGCCCUCCCACUCGAGAUCGCCUUACAAUACACUAGGGGUAUAAGCACACCGUCCCCUGAGAGCGGAGCACUGCUUGAGACCCUACAACGACUCAAGGACAACUUGGUAAAUGGGCCGACAAGGGUAUUGGGAGUCAACUCUGUCCACCAAGGCGCAACAUCAAGAGAAAUGGGGAUACCAUAGGAUGGAGAUCUAAUACCUCUCUAUAACAUUGAAACCAAUUGCUCGCUAAAGAAGUGAAACGCUAAAAAGAAGAACAGAAAAGCAGCAAAC